GAGGCAUCGUAUGAAGAUUGUUGUUACGUCAGCUUGUGCACCCCAUACUCAGUAGCGCUGGAACAAUCUGACCAUCGCUCCAGUCUAUCGAAAAUUCAAGCGAAGCUGGCUCGGCCUGAGCAGCCGCUAAGCGUUUGUCCGGCGUACGCCAACCGCAAUAUUCGUGCCCAAAUCAACACCUCGCUGUCGCUACUUUUCCUGUAUAUGAAACCCGCCAAACAUAGAUGCUUUCGCAUCAGAUAUGGUGCAUGUUGCGAUGUGGCAUGCAAACUGGCAUGGUUAUGUUGACUUUUUGCCGAGGCGAUCGUGUGAGCGACGUCACAUGCAAGUAUGAGUGUCCAUCACCGAUUGCAAUUUGCAUCGCUUCCCAGGGCUCGCAGGCUUCCAAGGUUUGUAACCCGAGCGCGGCGAGGGACUGACAGUGGAAGUUCCGAAUAUUAAAAAUGGCACCUGUCGUAUGUCGCGACUUAGUUCACCCUCGAUCCGCACCAUGGAGCUCUCACUCCUGCACCUCUUCUUCAUUUCUCUGAUCGAGUCCGCUGUUGUUUUUCUUUUCCUUCCCGACCUGUUUCCACAUGACACUCUGACCAAGAUCUUUCUGACCCUUUCAGCUAUAAACUUGGGCAUCCUUGCGUUUUACAAGCUCAUUCUAUAUCCUUUUUACCUCAGCCCCCUGAGACAUCUGCCCAAGCCUUCCAAAGGGUUUAUUCCCAUCGUCGGCCAUGGCCUCCUUAUGUUCAAGAGACCCGCAGGGGCCGCGCAUCUCGAGAUGGUCAAGAAUACCCCCAACGACGGCCUCAUAUUGGUUCGAAGCUUCUUCCACGACAGCCGGCUACUCGUGACCUCACCUGCGGGGUUCGCAGACGUCCUGGUUCACAGAAGCUAUGAUUUCGAGAAGCCACCUGGGGCACGCGCUUUCCUGCGAAAGUUUCUCGGCGAUGGGCUGCUGAUGACCGAAGGCGAUGAACACCGGCACCAACGCAAGCAAAUCAUGCCAGCUUUCAGCUUCCGCCAUAUAAAAGAGCUUUAUCCUGUCUUCUGGAGCAAGUCCCUCGAGUUCUGCGAAGCUCUGAAAUUGCAGUUGAGGGAAGGGUCCGACGGGAUUGUUGAGCUUGGCCAUUUUUCUACUCAGGUGACGCUGGACAUUAUCGGUCUUGCGGGAUUGGGCCGAGACAUAGGAUCCCUUCGCAAUUCGGAUGACGAGCUCAUCAAGAACUACGAGGAGAUUUUGGAGCCGUCUGCGGAGAAGGUGAUAUACUUCGUCCUGCAUCUGCUUUUUCCUCCUUGGUUCAUCCAAGCACUCCCCUGGGGAUUGAACGAGCGUGUCAGGAUCACCACAUCGACUUUAAAGCGUAUCUGCCGCGAUUUCGUCCAAGAAAAGAAAUCACGUAUGAAGCUGGAGAGUGAUGAGUCAGUCGACAUUCUGUCAAUCAUGAUUAGAUCCCAGAACUUCUCGGAUGACGGGCUCGUUGAUCAGCUCCUUACUUUCCUGGCGGCAGGGCACGAAACGACUUCUUCUGCGCUCACCUGGGCGGCAUAUCUGCUCGCCAUCAAUCCAUCCAUGCAAACUCGGCUCCGAAAGGAGCUGCACGAUCAGAUUCCCGAUCCGAGAGCGCUCUCUGCUCGAGGUGCUGAUGUUUCUGCGCUCUUGGAGUCUCUCCCUUACUUGAAUGCGAUAUGCAAUGAGACGCUGCGCCUGUAUCCCACUAUCCCAAGUACUGCCCGAGUCGCUAUCCGAGAUACUACAAUCAACGGCCAAUUUGUGCCAAAAGGUACACUGUGCUUCAUCGUCCCAUGGGCGACAAACCGCGAUCCUAAACUCUGGGGCCCCGACUCUGAACAGUUCCAUCCUGACCGAUGGAUUGACCCCGAAACUGGUAGAGCGAACUACAUGGGUGGUGCAGGCAGUAAUUACUCGUUCCUAACUUUCCUACAUGGCCCGCGGAGCUGCAUUGGCGAGAAGUUUGCAAGGGCGGAGUUGAGAGCUCUCGUAGCGGCUCUCGUGGGAAGCUUUGAGUUCCAGAUGGCGGAUCCGAACGAGAAGGUUCAGGUUGGGGGCACCAUCACAUGCAAGCCUGUGAAUGGCAUGAGGCUGCGGCUGAAGGCUGUGCCUUGGUAAGACUUAUCUGGGGUUACUACUUCAGUAUGUGUACUGCUCGUAUAUGAAGGAACUGCCGUUGGUCGCAGCCGGUUACAUACGGGCUCAAGAAAUUCGAUCAAAACAGCGGGCAGAGAUGGUGCAGUAUUUCCGGGCCGGUUGGACUAUCUAUUGAUGUGCAUUAGAUUUUUCCGACAAUAUACACUUCCUGGCAGUCCGACUGACCCAACCGCAUCAUUUGCUCUGUUC